AUGGUUACCAAGGCAGAUCCAAACAAGCAAGGAUGGGAGGAAUCGGAAUUUCCAAUACUUUGUGAAACUUGUCUCGGAGACAACCCAUAUGUUCGAAUGACUAAGCAGCCCUACGGGAAAGAGUGUAAAGUCUGUUCUCGUCCUUUUACCAUCUUCCGAUGGCUCCCAGGAUCGGGAAUGCGAUACAAAAAGACCGAAAUAUGCCAGACGUGUGCUAAACUUAAGAAUGUAUGUCAAACAUGUUUGCUGGAUUUGCAGUAUAAUCUUCCCGUGCAAGUUCGUGAUACCGCGAUGAAUAUCACGAAUGAUGCUCCUCGAUCUGAUAUAAAUAGAGAAUAUUUUGCGCAGAACAUUGAAGGGAAGAUUGCUGCUGGAGAUAGUCUAAUACAAUAUUCAAAAGUGGAUUCGGCUGGUCGUGAAAUGCUGAAAAAGUUGGCAAGAACAGAACCUUACUAUAAGAGAAAUAGGCCACAUAUAUGCUCUUUUUAUGUAAAAGGGACAUGUAAACGUGGUGAUGAAUGCCCAUACAGACACGAAGUACCCGAGGAGAAUGAACUUUCACAUCAAAAUAUCAAAGAUCGAUAUUACGGCACAAAUGAUCCAGUCGCAAAAAAAAUCCUCAACAGGAUCAAAGGUGGUGGCAAUUCAAACAUAACCCCACCAGAAGAUAAGUCUAUCACUUCACUUUUCAUUACUGGUGUAGAAGAAGAUAUAAUGGAAUCUGAUUUAAGAGGGCAUUUCUACGCAUUUGGAGAAAUUAAGUCGGUUGUCGUGGUUCAUAAAUCACGUUGUGCUUUUAUUAAUUACGCAACGAGAGCUUCAGCCGAACAAGCUGUAGACACAUCAUAUAAUAAUUUAAUUAUAAAGGGACAUACUUUAAAAGUAGCUUGGGGUCGACCCCGACCAACCGGUCCUAAAUCAGAGAUCGACGCAGCUGAUACACUGGGUCCUCCACCUCUUAUUUUGCCACCGCUCGAGUCAAUGGAGAUCCCUGCACCACCCGGUACUGAAUCUAAAGGGAUUAUAUAUCCAAGUCAGGAUCCCACAUAUCAGGGUUCUUCAAAUAAAAGUUAA